CGCACAGUACUACCUUGCAAGUUCCAACCAUUGUUAUAGGCAAUCUGAUCAGAGCAAGAGAGCACACGUUUAGAAAUGGCCGGAGGAGGAUUUGCCGCCGCCGGCGGUGGCAGUGCUCGCGACUACGGCGGCGGCAUCACUUUCUCCGUCGUGGUGACCAGCCUCAUGGCCGCCUCCUGCGGCCUCAUUUUCGGCUACGAUUCUGGCGUCACAGGUGGCGUGACGCAGAUGGAGUCAUUCCUGAGCAAGUUCUUCCCCGAAGUGCUCCGUGGGAUGAAGAGCGCGAGGCGCGACGCCUACUGCAAGUACGACAACCAAUGGCUCACCGCCUUCUCGUCGUCGCUCUUCAUCGCCGGCACGCUGUCCUCCCUGGUGGCGAGCCGCGUCGCCAGGGCGGUGGGCCGCCAGGCCAUCAUGCUCCUCGGCGGCGCCAUGUUCCUCACCGGCUCCAUCAUCAACGCCGCCGCCGUCAACAUCGCCAUGCUCAUCAUCGGCCGCAUGCUGCUCGGCUUCGGCCUCGGCUUCACCCUCCAGUCAGCUCCGGUGUAUCUGUCUGAGACGGCGCCGGCGAGGUGGCGCGGCGCGUUCACGUCGGCGUACAACGCCUUCGUCGUGAUCGGGAUACUGUCGGCGACCAUCACCAACUACUUCACCAACCGCAUCCCGGGGUGGGGGUGGCGCGUCUCGCUCGGCCUCGCGGCCGUCCCGGGCACCAUCAUCGUCGCGGGGUCGCUCUUCAUCCCGGACACGCCCAGCAGCCUCGUCCUGCGCGGCCACCACGACCGCGCCCGCGCGGCGCUGCAGCGCAUCCGCGGCGCCGGCGCCGACGUUGACGCCGAGCUCAAGGACAUCGUCCGCGCCGUGGACGAGGCGCGCCAGAACGAGGCCGGCGCGUUCCGGCGGCUGUUCAGCAGGCGGUACAGGCACUGCCUGGCGGUGGGGCUCGGCAUACCGGUGUUCUACGAGUUCACCGGCAUGAUCGUCAUCUCCAUCUUCUCGCCCGUGCUGUUCCGCACGGUGGGGUUCAACAGCCAGAAGGCCAUCCUCGGCUCCGUGAUCAACAGCAUGACCAACCUCGCCUCCACGCUGCUGUCCACCUCCGUCAUGGACCGCACCGGCCGCCGGCCGCUGUUCAUCGUCGGCGGCGUCGGCAUGAUGCUCUGCGAGGUGGCCAUCUCGUGGAUCAUGGCGGACCAUCUCGGGAAGCACCAGGGGGUGACGAUGCCGCGGAGCUACGCGACCGGGGUGCUGGUCCUGAUCUGCCUCUGCACGUUCAGCUUCGGCUUGUCGUGGGCGCCGCUGAGGUGGGUGGUGCCGAGCGAGAUCUACCCGGUUGAGGUCAGGUCGGCGGGCCAGGCGCUGAGCAUCUCCGUCGCGCUCUGCCUCUCCUUCGUCGAGCUGCAGGUGUUCAUCGCGCUGCUCUGCGCCAUGAAGUACGGCGUGUUCCUCUUCUACGCCGGCUGGCUCCUGACCAUGACGAUCUUCGUCGCCGCCUUCCUGCCGGAGACGAAAGGCAUGCCGAUCGAGGCCAUGCGGUCCGUGUGGGAGCGGCACUGGUACUGGAAAAGGUUCGUCAACGACGGCGACCACCACGACGGCCGUGUCGUCGCCGACGAGGGUACCGAUUAAACAUUUAUCCGGUGAUUUGGUGGUGUGAUGAACCGUGUGAUGUAUGUGCAGCUGCACGGCUGUGGCCGUUGAGCAUGAUCUAACAUUUCAGUGGCAUACAUUGCCCAUUCUUGAUUAA